UACCCAUACGCCAUCUAUGCAUAUUUUCGCAGCUCUGUGAAGCUCCCUUUGACAGCAUCAACUUCAUUGUUGUGAAUAUGUGCGUCAUUUGUUUAUACCGCGCUAAUGGUUCAGUGUUUAACGAGGAACAAAGCGAAGAAAUAUGGGCAAUUGCAAGAUUCUAAAUUGUAAAACAAAAAAAGGCGAACAAACCCUUUUUUGCGUUCCACAUGAUCCAGCUACACGGGCAAAGUGGAUUCAACAGAUUCGACGUCAUCAAGAUUUCGACGAUGUACUAAUUUCAUAUCCAGUCUGCGCGCUUCAUUUCAAUCCGACUGAAAUAAUGAAAAAUCGCAAACGAAAUACACUGAAAAAAGGUGCAGUGCCAACAAUUUUCCCGAGUGCUGACGGAAUUUUGAUUGUUAUGAAUUACGAAGAACAGCUGGCAGAAUCGAUUAAUAUGGAUUUGCACGAAGAGCCACUACUUGAUAUUCAGCCAGUUUUGAAUCCAACACAAAAUCUUGAUGGAUCUGGAUAUAACGCCCAGGCAACAUCAUCAUUGGUCAUUGAUCCUGUUGUUAAAGCGAAGAAAAAAAAUGUGCUAGGUCAUAAGACAGCAAUUCUUUUUUAUUAG